AUGGUUCUCCGCUUGGCCGUGAUUUGUGAGCUCGUGCUGCUGGGAUCGGCGGCGCUAAUCCGCGGAUCCAACCAGCAGCAAGAGGAGUCGCAGGACGGCGUGUUCUUCCCGAAGACGGUGCUUGGAGAUGGCAAAUCCGUGGUUGGCGUGGACGUGGACGGGCGCACGCAGAUGCUCGUGCAGGUGAAGGUAGCCGCGAGUUACGUAGAUGCUUGCGAUGAUGUGGUGUGCGGCGAUCUGAAGUGUCCAGCUGGCUUUACUGCCACGAAGUACGAGGGCCACUGCUGCCCGUACUGCGUGAAUCCGGACAUCAAGAUCGAGCCAAAGAUUGUCGGGGCCACGGGCAAGUGGGGUGCCGAGAUGAGCGCCUUUUGCCCGUAUGUUUGGUGCUUUCCCACAUUGUGCGAGAAGGAGCUGGCCAUGCCAACUUCGGACAAUGGCCAGUGCUGCCCCAUGUGCCCCAAGUGA